AUGGUGAGCGUUUUCGCCGCCUUCGGCUUCGCCGACCUGUGUCUGGCCUUCGCCGCCCUCGACCUCUUCACCUUCCUUGACUCGCAGUGCGGUGCGGGCACCACGACAUCCGAUCAGGCCCCACUGCUCGACAGCGCGGCCGAGCUUUUGCCGCCGUUGGCUGCGGUGGUGGUCCUCUUCGUCGCCGUCGCGCUCAUCUACCACCACCUGAUGGGUCGCCGCGUCGUCGCCGUCCCCGUGGCCGGCGCGGGCAACGGGCGGCGCUCGAUCUCGGCGCUUGUCAUGUUCGUGCUGUGCGUCUCCGCGGGCACGCUCGAGUUCAUCGUGUUCGGGCACGGGCAGGCCGCCGGUGGUGGUGGUGCGGGCCACGGCGCGCUCGGCCUGGCUGCUCUCCGCGCGCUGCCUGCCGCGGCGACGGCCACGUUCUUUCUCGGGAUGAUGCUCAUCAUCGUCUCGCACAUCCGCGCCGGCCGUGAGGGCGGCGGCGGUACCGUCUCCGGAGACGAGCCGAUCCAGGGGCCACUGCGCCCACUCGCCAAGGUCGCAGCCGGAGCGGCGGCGGCGCUCGUCGUCUUAAUGGCCAUGGCCCUCGCUCUCCACGGAGCCAAGUAA